CUUGCAAAGCCGAGAUUCAGUUGUUCCGCGACUUUCGCUCACAUCGAUUCGUGUUAAAGAAAACUAAGCAAUAUUUUACUUGUCAAACGUAACGAAAUAAAAAGUAUACAAACAAUUUCAUAAAACCAAAAAAAAACAACACAAAUUACAACAUCAAAACAAUAUGAAGUCAGUAACUUUGGUCGCAAUAUUGGCAUUCACGCUCUGCUUCGCCCAUGUGCAUGCAGACUGUGAUGAUUCUGCACAGAGCAAUGAAGACGGCGAAGUUAAACAGUUCUUCAAGAAUUUGGGCUGCAAAAUACAAAAGGGUGCCGAAAACUUGCAGGAGAACGCCAAACCAUGGGCAGAAAAGAUCGGUACUCAAGCUAAGGAGUUCGGCAAUACAGUGGCGCAAAAGUACGAUGAGUUGAAGCACAAAUUGACAGAUGACAACAAUGCAAACGGCCCAUCGACUCCCUUCCCUGUGGCAAAUGCGCCAACUGAGAAGGUGCCUUUGGCACCGUUGAGUGGUGAAGCAGCCGCAUCGUCUAACAAUCCCGCUUUAGCUGCACCAGUACCUGCAGCUGGCAAAGACUCAUGAAUGCCCUAGAGGUCAAGCACUUGAUCACCUGCGUCAAUGUCGUCCGAAUGUUUAAUGUAUUACAAAAUUUACUCGUCUCUGAAUGCUCUGCAGUGUGGUGGAUCUUGGUAACACAGGUUGAUAAAUUCAAAUUAGAGCAUAACUUAUGUUGACUCAUAAAGAAUAAUUCAAUAAUUGGCAAACUAAUUAAUAACGUAAUCGUCUAAAAGUAUCUGUGAAAUUUUAAAGCCUUUGAACAAAUCACAAUUAUUUAAUUACACAUACACAUACAUAAUACAUUUAACAACUUAACAAAAUAA